AUGUUCGCAGAUACAACUCCAAUUGACAUUUCUCCCUCCGCGAAGCAAGACAUACAGACGGAUCUCAACUACUGGGGUGGCACAUCCAACGACCCGAUCAUUGUUGAUUUCACCAAGCCCGAUGGGAAACGGAAAUUCGCAGAGGUGGAAAAGCAACAAGAGAAACAUUCCGUCCUGAUUCACGACAUCCGGGGAACCGAGGAACAGUACAACCUAGAAACACAUGGAUUCCAGUACCUUCACGACGAGAUCCCCGAGCUCGAUGACUGGACCGACGAGCAGAAGGUCAUCGACGCCCUGAUCCCAAAGUCGGAGGAGCUCGUCCGCAAACUGUGCGUACUCAUUCCUCCCAACAACGCCAGUCUCCUAACACGAACGGACAACAGAACCGGCGCCAAAGAAACAAUGACCUUCACCCACCGCAUCCGAUGCUUCUCCUCCGACGAAGCAAAACUAGCCGACAACCGCGCCCCAGCGCACAGCGUCCACACGGACUUCACCGUUGCAGGUGCGCUGCGCCAUCUCGAAACAGAGAUCCACGACCCGGAGCGCCUCAAGCGGCUGUUAAAGAGCCGAGCCAUGAUCAUCAACGUCUGGCGGCCACUGAAGACUGUUCAUCGAGAUCCUCUCGCGGUCUGUGAUUGGCGGUCCACCCGCCCGCAGCAGGAUAUCGUGCCCUAUCGAGUGAUCUUCCCGCAGGGCUGGAAUGAGCUCAGCAAGGUGCAAUACAGCCAAGAUCAUCGGUGGUACUAUCUCAGCAAACAGCAGCGUGAUGAGCCGCUGGUGUUCAAGCAGUUUGAUAGCGGCCAGUCGGAGGGGGGAGGAUGUACCGUGGCGCAUAGCGCGUUCGAGCAUCCUUCCAUGACGGAUUAUGAGCCUCGUCAGAGCAUUGAGAUCAAGAUGUUUGCGUUUCUGUAG